UGCUCGACCAAAGAAAAACAUCAUGCUCUAAGGCGUAACUCAAACCUGAAGUACGACCCUGAGAUAACGAACCUAGUAAGUAGUAAAACUGAAUGAAGACCUGUAAAACUGCUUUUCUCUCGUGAGAAUCAAGUCUGUUUAUCAAGGAAAUAGUUAAGUUUUCAACUAUUGCACUUUGAACAACGCGUCAACACUGUCAAAAUGGGUCAGUGGGCCAUGAUAAUCAGCAUCCUGUAUUUUUUAUUCACCACCGCGUAUUCCGACAUCAUGCGCAAAAGUAUUGUAUUCACCAGCAAAACACCUAAAGUCUUCUACUGUCCCCAGGAAAAAACACCAGGGAUGGAAAAGAUGGUCGUUAUGGCUAAGCCAUUGGAUAAACUGUGCGAAUUUGAAGGAAAAGGUGUCCCGAAGGACUAUCAAUCAGAUUGUUACAAUGACAUAGAUGAGACGGAAUACGCAUGCGCAGAAAAGCAUCGUAUCAUGAUGCACUUAAACCCACCAAGCGUGACAGACACCAGCACGACUGGAGCACAUGCAAACUCUCACUCUGGCGGUAACUCUAAGAAUUACUGAGCAGACGACAGAAAUAACAAGAUUGUUGUUCACCUGUUUGAGAUUUCGACAUCUUUAUGAGGCAGCUAUCUUUCAGUUGUAUAUUAAAUAGUGUCUGGAAGUCACGUUAACAAAAUUAUUUACUCGCAGUCUUAAAUUUGUUCACAUAAUUUCCAAACACACUUGGAAUAAAUUUAGCAGUUUUUUUUAUACAUACUGUUAAUCCAGUUUAUUUAUUUAAUUAAUAUUUUACUUAAAUGAAAUUUAAAGUUAUUUACACUGCAAUAUGCAAAUAUACCUUAAAAUGCUGUAGCUGAAGUAGGAACUUUAAUUUUUCUAAACAAUGAAACGUCCACUGUAAGACUAAAACUACAGGAUAUUCUAAAAAAAAAGCUACACUGUAUUCUCUAUUAGUUGUCGUGUUGCUUGUUCUUUGUUUUUGUAUGUGUUAUAAUAAAAGCUACACUGUCUUCUCUAUUAGCUGUCGUAUUGCUUGUUCUUUGUUUUUGUAUGUGUUAUAAUAAAAGCUGCUCUGUCUUCUCUAUUAGCUGUCGUAUUGCUUGUUCUUUGUUUUUGUAUGUAUUAUAAUAAAAGCUGCUCUGUCUUCUCUAUUAGCUGUCGUAUUGCUUGUUCUUUGUU